CUCUUAUAAUUGAAGGCCACUUCCGACUACUCCCCUCCUCCAAUCAUCAAUCUCACCAUGUGGGCCCAACUGAGACUCACGCACACAUACAUGCACUUGCACAUGCACACACUCAUAUUUCAACAAAUGCCGGUUUUUAUUGAUCAUCUUGUCAGCGAAGAGAUGGGUGCGGUUGGUCCACGAGAUUCUGCAGAGUCUCAGGCUGAAGCGUUGAAGUCCCGACUGGGAGAGAUUCUAGAGUCGAUUCAAGCUAUGGAAAGUCGCCAGUCACUGCAUGAUAAUCCUGGAAACACAGAGCCAUGCACAGGGGGUGCUUCUGAGGAAGCAGCCAUGGGUGCAGCUAAUCAAUCAGCAAAGCAAGGAUUUUCUACAGCUCCUGAGUUGACGGAUCCGAGCUCCAGUGAGUUUAGAUGCAAGCUGAAUCAAUUGUAUACGAAGAAGAAAGAGAUAUGCGCGAAUCUGCAGGCAAUUGAAAGGGAAGAAAGGAAGGUUGCAGAGGAAAAGCGAAUUAAAACGCAGGCGUUAAGGAAGAAGAUAAUAAGGGAUGCGGAGGUGGUUGUCACCACACUGAGCGGCUGUGGCGGGGAUGUGUAUGCUGCUCUAAUGGGAGAUGUGGGCAACCAGAGUGCCACCUUGAAGAACCGACAGCAGAUGGCACAUGCUGAAGAUUUCUUCGAUGCAGUUGUUAUUGAUGAGGCUGCACAGGCACUGGAACCCGCUACUUUAAUCCCUCUGCAGCUGUUGGGACCAUCAAAUACCCGGUGUAUAAUGGUUGGGGAUCCCAAGCAGCUCCCAGCGACUGUGUUGUCAAAAGCAGCAGCAUCACUUAACUUCGAGAGAAGUCUGUUUGAGCGACUUCAGAAGAGCAACUACCCGGUCACAAUGCUUUCGAUUCAGUAUCGAAUGCAUCCUGAGAUCUGUCGCUUCCCUUCCUCCUACUUUUAUGGAGGUCAGCUGGUGACGGGGGAGACAGUCAGCAUAUCUUCACGAACGGCACCCUUUCAUGAGCGGAGGUGUUUUGGUCCAUACAUGUUCUUCGACGUUGUGGAGGGAAGAGAGAGGACAAGUGCAUCACAGUCAAUCUGGAACGAUGCAGAAAUCGAUCUUGCAAUUGAGUUGUUCUCAACACUCCAGAAAUGGUUUCCAGACGAAAUGAGGCCGGGUAGAGUUGGCGUUAUCACAAUGUACAGGCAGCAGCUCCAGAUACUGCGGGACCGAUUCGCACGAGCGUUUGGACAAAAUAUAGCACAGGAAGUGGAAUUCAAUACUGUGGACGGUUUCCAGGGGCGUGAAGUAGAUAUCCUUAUUGUGUCUACAGUGAGGGCACACCCACAAUCCAGCAGCCGGGAGGCACUUGCAGGGAAUCCCCCGGGAACGGAGGAGCGGCGGUCGAUCGGGUUUGUCGCAGAUGUGAGGCGAAUGAAUGUUGCGCUCACACGACCACGCUUCUCGCUCUGGAUUCUGGGACACGCGACCACCCUGCAGGCAGGAGCUCCAUUGUGGGCAGCCCUGAUUGAGGAUGCCCGGAGGAGGGACUGUUUCUUGACAGCUAGGAGACCCUACAAUGGUGUAUUCUCAGCUGCUUCUUGGUGCACUUCAGGUGGUGCAGGAAGGACCGUUGCAGGGGGUAGCAAGGCUGGGGAAGAAUGUUUGCAGCGUAAUGGCAGCUUUGCAAGGAUGCCUAGAAGAGGAGAUGGAGAAGGCCCACGCCAUCACCCAAAAGAUGCAGGCUUGCCUACUGGCGACUCUGGUAGAGAAGAGCUCGAUCCCACGAGGUGGAAGUCUACCGUAGAUGGGGGGAUGACAACCGGUCCAUCUGGGGCAGGUAAGCGCAGUCAGUGUGCAGCAGAGGAGUUUUCGACAGAAGAGCCUCACAGAAAAGCCAGAAGAAAGGAUAACGACAGAAGCGUGAAUCAAAGGAAGGGCCAAGAUGGGAGUGAGUGUGAUACGAGGGAGGAAUCAGGAAAAGCAGUUGACGCGACUCUUCGACAGAAAGAAACAAAGGAACGUGGAGAAGGAAGUGGAAACAAAGAAAAGGGGAGCAACAGGGAACGAUCAACAGAGGGUGAGAAAGCAAGGUGUGUGCGAGAGGAGACUGGCAAGGGCUGUCCGAAGACGAGCGAUCACCUGAGAAGUCCUGCGACAUGUAACACAGAGAAUGAUACCGAGAGUGGAAGAGUGAUUCGGGAUGGGGUGGCUGAAGGUGAAGGUCGAAGCGGCAGUGGUCAACGUUCCCCUACCCGGUUGGAUGGGGUGGCGAACAGUGCUCCAUCAAGGAUGAGGAGGGGUAAUGAUGCGGGUUUGGAAGGACCGAUGCAGGGAGGCAAUGUUUGCAGACCCACUGCCCAUCGGGGGAAUGAAGACAGUACCGUUGGAGCCGAGCAAGGCCAGAGGGGACCAAUGGUCCGGGAUGGGGUUACAGAAGUCCAAACACCCUCCCCCAUGGGUUCAGCAUCUCAGGUUGACUUCAUUCUCAAGAAGACUGGGGAUGCAACAGUGGGAAGUGGACAGGUUUUUGAGGACGGUGCAGGUCUUGGAAGACAAUCUGGCAAUCUUAACCCUGGUGGCAUCCAUACUGCACCAAUGCCAUCAACGUGUACCCCGUCAGUUGAAAGUAAUACUCGCCAGCGCAACAGGCAGGAGGUUGAGGAUAUGGGAAUCUUACUUGGAGGUGUGGCAAAGUUGCCGCGAGCUUCGAAGCCUGCCCCGCUUGCAGGGUGUAACCCACCGAUGAGCAUUUCAAGUAGCCAAAGAACAACUGGGCCAGGGAAGUCAUUCGAUCCUCGUAGUCAUGAUGGGACGAAAAGGAAAGACGUCUCUGGCCAGGGUAGCUCAAAGAACCCGCCCGGGGUCAAUGUGGGAGCACGUGUUCAAGGUUCUUCUAUGCCCACAUCUGUUUGCACUGGUGUGAAUGGGCCGGGUGGACCCAAUGUGCAGUCAGGCACGGCAAUUGCGGGGGGAUCAUCGGCCGCAGCGGGAGCAAGGGGCAGUGAUAGAUCUGUCGACGGUAUGAUAGGCUUAGAGAGGCAGAAGAACCCAGGGACAAGCCAGCGAUCUGCAGAGCCCAGAGGGGCUGGAACCAAUGUGACAUCUUCUCGAUUGCAACCAGGGUCGGCACAGGGCAGCAAUGCGGCCGCUCCUUCAAAGCCAGUUCCGAAAGAGGUCCUGGAGCGCAGGAAAAAAAUGCAGCAGUGGUGUGAGAAAGUGAAACAAACGACUCAGCAACGACAGCAAGUGGACCAGACUCUGUUAAGAGAGGGUCGGCGCGGAAUUCCACAGGUAGGUAAGCAGCAGCAUCCACAGUCAAGGCGAGCCCAGGCUGAAGGUGUUUCCUCGAUGGCCAACAGACCACAUCCGAUGCAUGCCACAGCAAACGCUGUUGGCGCCACAAGACCUGCAGGGAAUCAAGCUCCUCGUCCUUCGGGGCAACAUAGGCCACCAUCUUAAUUAAUUGACAGGGCCUUCUGGUGAAUGUAUAGCCAGGCCCUUCAAGGAAAUGUGUGCCCAGCCAGCCAUCCUCUCACUCUACACACUCUGUGAACCUGUGCUCUCCAACAAGUAGAUGGUGUGGACACUGGUAGUCCCAACUAGGAGCGAAAACCACCCAGCCAUCCUCUCACUCUGCACACUGUGUGAACCUGUGUGAACCGACGGAAGAGACGGUGUCGACACUGGUAAUCCCAACUAGGAGUGCAAACCAGCCAGCCAUCAUAUCACUGUGCCCACUCUGUGAACCUGUGCUCUCCGACGAAGGAGAUGGUUUGGACACUGGUAAUCCCAACGAGGAGCGCAAAACCAGUGUUUCGCCACCGGGGCCCUGCAACGCUUCUCUACAGUGAGUCUUCUAGCAGGUAUUUCUCAAGAAGAGAUGCCGGUCCAAGGGUGUGUUUGAAUGUAACUGUAAUAUAAGAAGAUUCCUUGUGCAGAAGCUAACCAAUGCCCCAUUGGAACUACCUACCUCUCCCAGAAUCCUCCAGCUUUCCCCCAACAUGAUCUGGUCUAGAAUCUGAAUUCAAUCCAAGAAGUAUGUUAAAAUAUCCUGUUUGCUGAUCUGGAGGGCAUGAGUUUCUGAGAAAACUGAACUUGGCUGGUUGUACCGUUUUCAGUGGCUGUAAGGAAACAUCAAGGCAUCUUUACAGACG